GGAGAAAGAUGACUCGAUUUGUAUGCUUCCUGAACUCCACUCCAUCCAUCCGAAUCAAAUCCUCCGGGGAAUCGCUAUCAUCAAUCACCAUCCGGAAUUAUAGCUAUCAUCAUUACGAGUCAGAGGCUGCAGCAGGAGCAAGGAAAGCAGCAACGGGCGUCAAGAAAAGAGGUUGCAUAUCAUGUUUGUCGACGACGGGUCAUGGGCCUCCAAACUCCAUAUUAAAGAUAAGGCUCAGGGAACCGCCCAGGAUUUCAUCGCCAUUAUCAAGGUUAGUUAUUUUUAUUCACGCACCGCCAUUUUCAACAGUAAAUCGACAAAGGUCGACAGCUCCAUUCUUAUCUUUUCACCUAUCCCUUUGUGCAACUCCAUCGUACACCCGACCAUCGCCGGCGUCUGUGUUCUCCGCUAUUAUUCUCGCUCCCUCUCCGACAUUUCGGAUUGCUUGCUAAUACCUUCCUACUCCACAACUGUAUAUUCCACGGCUUUUCUUCUAGGCCGCAAAUAUCGAUGGGGAGCUUACAGAGACCCUGUCGGAGACCGCCAGACACUUUUCGGUGCUCGAAGGGACCAUGAAGAACACACGUCAGAACGUAAUCAAGUUGGCCCAUGUGUUAAGACAGGUCCAGGACGCAAACUUCAAUCUGCUCGAUAACCUGCGUGCAACGGAUCAGGCGAGCGAGAGU